AUGUCAAGUGAUAUCGAAUAUUUUUCUGAUACUAGAGUUCAUAAAGAUAUUCAUGAAGAUGUUCAUGAAGACAUUCAUGAAGACGUUUAUAAAGAUGUUCAUGAAGAUGUUCAUGAAGACGUUCAUGAAGAUGUUCAUGAAAAUGUUCAUGAAGAUGUUCAUGAAUAUAUUGAAUUCACUACUUAUUAUCUAUUUUACAAUCCUAACCUUAUUUUUCUUCCAAUUAUUAUCAUGAGCUCUCCCACUAUUCCAUCAUCGGUUAUUCAAAUUUUAGAACUUUUACAGCAUCAAAUCUGGGAAGUCAAUAUUUAUAGAACUUUCAGGAUUUUAGCACAUGAAAUCCUAUAUUAUGAACCAGUUGCUCCUUGUGUCAGUAAAGAAGCAACCCUGAACCGUAUAAAUGAUGCACAGAGAAUACAUUCACGAAUGCCUCUUUAUAUUGAUGAUUUAAAGAAUAAUGGAAUACCUAUUCGAGAUCCUGUAAAAAUUGUUGGUAGAAGUGUUGAAGAACAACUAUACUAUUUAUGUGAUCAAUUAGCUCAAUCACCUAUCAAUCCUGUUGUCUCUUUGCAGUAUCAUUUCUAUUUAGGAAUGCUAUUGGAAAAUGAACUGGCAAAAGAUAUUAUUGACCUUCAUUUUUCUAGUACAAAGCGUUGA